AAACUCAUUUUUAAUUGGUGUUAAAAUAUCCGCAACAAGGUACCGAGAGAGUUGGGAGAGAUGAGGUUGAGCUUCAUUCGACCCAUCUCAUGUUGCGCUGUUUCUUCUUCAUGUCCAGCAACCUCAGUCAAACCUCAAACGCCGCUAUUUCUAAGGCAACCCAUCUUCAAAACAACCUUAUCAGACCUCAAGAAAUGGCACCUUUGGGCUAAAUCCCUAGCUUCUUCUGUGGGUUCCACUUUCUUGGACCUAGACAAUGGUCCAGACUCCGACCUGUUGCUCCGAGAGCUAAAUUGGCUCGUAGAAGAUGCACUCGAACAACCCAAAUCACUCUCACUCCAAACCCACAACAAUUAUAACGAUAAUGCCACCCCAGUUUCAAUCAGGACAUCUUUAGAAGAACUAUAUAUGUUGUGGAAACAAAGGGUAGAAGAAAGAAGGCCGUUUCAGUAUGUGGUGGGUUGUGAGCAUUGGAGGGAUUUGGUUUUGAGUGUAGAAGAAGGGGUUUUAAUACCAAGGCCUGAGACCGAGCUGAUUGUGGACCUUGUAGAAGAUUCUAUUAAGGAGAAUGAGGAGUUAAGGGAAGGCCUAUGGGCUGAUUUAGGGACUGGAAGUGGUGCACUUGCUAUUGGGAUUGCAAGGAUUUUGGGUAAUUCUGGUAGACUUGUUGCUACUGACUUAAGCCCUCUUGCUGCUGCUGUUGCAUCUUAUAAUGUGCAGAGGUACGGUUUGGAGGAAAAAGUGUUGGUAAAGCAAGGAUCCUGGUAUGAACCAUUGAGAGAUGAUGAAGGAGAACUUGUGGGACUGGUUAGUAAUCCACCAUAUAUUCCAAGCAAAGAUAUUGGUGGGCUACAAGCUGAAGUAGCUAGACAUGAACCUAGACUAGCGUUGGAUGGCGGAGUAAGUGGUAUGAAUGACCUUAUCCAUCUUUGUGAUGGGGCUGUUUCAAUGUUGAAACCUGGUGGUUUCUUUGCAUUUGAGACAAAUGGUGAAGAACAGACCAAAUUCUUAGUCCACUAUAUUGAGACUAAGAAGCAAGACAGCUUUUCUAAAGUAAAGAUGAUAUCAGAUUUUGCCGGCAUCCGUAGAUUUAUAACUGGAUUUAGAGGAAGAUGAUCUGUAACAGAGAGAGCCAAAGAAAUUAAAGAGGAAAGAUGUGGACCAAUACUGUUCUCUUGGGUCUGAAAAUGUCAACUACGAUACUUGGACUUUGCUGAAUGAUAUUAAUUUUUUGAUUAUCUUUGA